AGUCAUUUGUUGACUGGAAGUUGUUUAGUGAAAAUUUCGUUGAUUCGAGUUUUGAAGUUUAGGUUAGUUUCAAUUUUAAAAUGUCGGUGAACCAUCACGGAAAGAAACAAGAAGAUAAGACCGAAGCGCUUGGACCAAAGUAUUGCUCCAAAGUUCGCAUGGGAAACUGGAAUGAGGAUGUGAUUUUGCAAGAGGAGAACAUAAAGUACUUCUUAAGGAAGAAGGAGAAAGGAGAGCUUAUGAUACAGAAGACAAGAGAAACUCUAUCGAAUAUACUUAAAGAGGUACAACUUCUACUCCCGGAGUUUUACUUGUGUUACGGGCAGACCUGUCAAGUUGUGAACCUCUCAGUAUGUCACCCCCGGGCUCCCCAGGGCCUCGCCCUCGCUGGUGUCGUUGGUCCGAGGGAGGUGGACGAGUGUCGUCACUUCCUGGAUGGAUCGCUAGUGGCGGGGUCGCCGAUGACGUCACCGGUCGUGCGAAACUGCUUCAGGAUCUCAAGUCCUGAAAACACCGACCUUAACGGUCAACAACUGAAAUUCGGGGAACCUUUUGCACUGAGCACAGUUGAAUCGCCGUAUAAAAUGCCUCUUUGGGUUGAGUCUGAAGUGCCUCAUCUCCAUUCUGUCCUUGGGAAAUCCAAACACCCUCUUCUGCGGCUCACAUCCUACAAGAACAUCUACAGUUUGUGGCGCGCUUUGCCUCUGGAGCCGUCUGAUAGGGAAGACCUCCUUGGAACCCCGGUCCCGGCAAAUGAACCACUCAUCAUCAGUCAUGUGGCAUCGAACAAGAACCUGUCUGUGGAACCGGACUUCUGGUUCACAACAUACUUGGGGGCUGAGUGUGAGGUGACUGUGAACACAGACCUGAACAUUUACCGAAGAGAAACGUCAAACAAUAUUUGGAUGCUGGUGACCAACAGGCCGAAGGAGGAACGAUGAUACCUGUACGAGUUUUGAGAGCGCAUGGAGUUGAAGGGGAAUGGUCUUGGAAGCAGGUCAUUUUUUCUUCUCUCUGAAAUCCCAAUCAACGAACUACUUGAAUUCUUCCCUGGACUGUGGAUGUACUCCUUGCCAAGCCUGCAAAAACGACAAAAUUCAUUGUUUUCAGUCCUAAAUAUAAGUCUACUUUUUG